GUUUUUUCGUUUUGUAAACACGUGGAAAAAAAUGACUUAAAUGAGUGGUAUGAAUUGGAGGUAGAACGAAUAAUCGGAUAACUGUGGUCUGUGCAAGUGAAACGUUAUACAACCUUUUCAACUAGUAUUCGUUUUAAGAAUUUGGAUUUGUGACGAAAAUGACGAAGCAUCUCGAGGGAGUUCUGGAUAGGAAGUUUUAUGAUUUGUCCGAAGCAUACAAAUCACGUGGAGAACUUGUCUUCGAUAAUAACAUUGCAACGCAAAGUGAAGUAGAAAAUUCUGGAGUUCAAUAUCCCCAAAAGCAGGAUGGUAGAACUUGCCAAACUGAGGGACCUGAUUUUGAAACAUCACCCAAGUUAGCAGCCUUCAUCGAUGAAAAUAUCAUUGGAAAAAAAAAUUAUUUUGUGAGUCCUUUCGGAAAGAGAAAAGUAGUUUAUUGUGAUUACACUGCCUCAGGAAAGUCGUUGCAUUGCAUUGAAAACUAUAUUAUGAAUGAAGUCCUACCUACAUAUGGAAAUACCCACACAACUUCUUCAGUAACUUCUUUGCAAACAACUCUGUUUCGUCAUGAGGCAAGAGAAAUCUUCAGAAAUGCACUUGGAGCAUCUGAAGAUGAUGCUGUGAUAUUUGUAGGUAGUGGCUGUACUGGAGCCGUUCACAAGCUAAUCAAUGGACUGGAUCUCACCGAACCACCAAUUGUGUUUGUAGGUGCCAAUGAACAUCAUUCCAAUCUUAUACCAUGGAGGGAAAUAGCGGCAAAAGUCGUUCGUAUCAAGGAAGAUUCAAAUGGCCUUCUGGACAUGUCUGAAUUGGAAUUUUCAUUGACAACAGCAAAAAAAGAGAAUCGGAAAAUGAUUGGCUGUUUUUCUGCUGCGUCUAAUAUUACUGGUACUUUGUAUCAGGAUAUGCAGAUAACCGUACUACUACGUCGAUUCGGAGCUCUUUCUUUCUGGGAUUACGCGACGGCUGCUCCAUAUGUCAAAAUAGCUAUGAAUCCCACCACUGUUGAUUAUCCAUCAGGUGUUGCUCAUAAGGAUGCGAUAUAUUUCUCUAUGCACAAAUUUGUUGGUGGCGUACAAACUCCGGGGAUCCUCGUUGUCAAGAAGUCUCUACUUCAAAAUCAUAUUCCCAACGGUGCUGGAGGAGGGACUGUAUUCUUUGUAGACAGAGAAGCUCAUCUGUAUUUGCGCGAUGCAGAAAUGAGAGAAGAAGGGGGAACUCCAGCUAUUGUGGAAAGUAUUCGAGCUGGUGUAGUGCUAAAAUUGAAGGAAAAUGUCACAUCUGAGUGGAUUAUGGAGCGCGAAGAAGACCUCGUUCAACUCGCUUAUACAAAAUGGAAAAGCAUUCCGGAACUCAUUCUUCUUGGAAGUACAAAAGCACCGCGGUUGGCGGUUUUUUCGUUUAUGGUUCGUAAUUUAGCUACUGGAUAUUAUUUACACCACAAUUUCGUUUGUGCUUUACUGAACGACAUGUAUGGAAUCCAAGCUCGUGGAGGCUGUGCUUGCGCCGGCCCGUACGCUCAAGAUUUACUUGGAAUUGACGAAACUCUCUCUCAUCGUUAUCAAGAAAUUCUGGUCGAAGAUAACCGUUUGGACCGAACACAUCUGCGGCGUAAAGAAGAGCAUUCAUGCUACGAAAUUCUCCGUCCGGGGUUUGCACGCUUAAAUCUACCUUACUUUGCUUCCGAUUCGGAAGUCGAAUUUAUCAUAAAUGCAGUUAUUGCUGUUGCUAAAAACGGCUGGACCAUGUUGCCUCAUUAUCAAAUGAAUGCCGAAACUGGCGAAUGGCAUCAUCACACUCAGUUGUCAUUCAAGAAUCGAAAAUGGAUUGGUAAUAUUGACUUCAAUCUAGGCCAUAUGAUCGUCCGCCAUCCUAGAGUUCCUGACACACAAGAUGCACCGACUGACUACGACGAUUGCCUAAGACAAGGAGAAGAAAUUUUUGCACGAGCUUUGCAAGUGACUUCAACGAUGAUUAUUCCAGAUCAGCGGCAAGGUUUCAAUACUGAAGCGUCUGAGCUCCGAUGGUUUCUUUUGUCAAGUGAAGCCAAAGAUCUUCUUAGUGGAGUUGUACUGCCAAAGAUCGUGACGCCUUUCCAUCCACGAGAAUAUGCCUCUAGUAUCCAUGAAUACCAUUUACAACAUUACUCCACCGUUCCAUCCCGUAGAAAUGGGUCUAAAAUAUCUACCGACGAAAUCACACCCAUGGUAGAACGGAACGGAGAUAAUGAAACGGAAGAAGACUACCGGUACGUUGAAAGCAAGGAUAAGGAUAAGGACUGCUACGACGAUGAAUCUCCAGACGAAUCAGAAAGCUUCUUAAUGGACGCUCUCAAUUUCGACGAUGAUGAAGAUGAAGAGUCGAGAGCACUGGCUAUGAAAACCAUUGCGAGGAAUGCGAGUUCACGACUGUGGAUGUCACCAAUGAAAAACAUUAUGAAACCGACAUUGGAGGCACUAUUGCGUUACAAGAUGAUCAGCAACGGUGAUCGUGUGCUCGUUUGCGUUUCUGGCGGAAAGGACUCGCUCUCUCUUCUACACACCCUUCGUCAGUACCAGAAACAGAGUAAAGGAUUUGGCAUUAGUUUUGAUAUAGGGGCCAUAACUGUUGAUCCUGGAAGCUCCUCGUAUGACCCUUCACCACUUAUUCCUUACAUGGAACAGCUUGGGAUUCCUUACUUCUAUGAGCGACAAUGUAUCAUCACAAAAGCCAUGGAUAUCCCCGACGUCGAUUCUAUUUGCAGCUUUUGUAGUAGGCUAAAGCGAGGCCGGAUAUAUGCAACUGCGCGAAAUCAUGGUUUCAAUGUAAUAGCCUUAGGCCAACAUUUAGAUGAUUUAGCUGAGAGCUUUCUUAUGUCGACCUUCCACAAUGGACGCCUGAGGACCAUGAAAGCCGCUUACGCUAAUCGCGAGAGAGAUUUAAAAAUCAUACGGCCGUUCGUCUACGUUCGGGAAAAAGAACUUCGCCAAUUUGCCAGCGAGACUCGUCUUCCAGUUAUACCAGAAAACUGCCCUGCUUGUUUCGAAGCUCCUAAGGAAAGACAUCGAAUAAAACAGCUUCUAGCUCAACAGGAACUACUCUUCCCCUGCAUUUAUCUCAACAUCAAGACUUCUAUUCUGCCCUUAAUGAGUAUUGAUCAACCCUUUGUCGAGAAGAAACUCUUUGGGAAACAAAGUUACAUAGAGAAAAAGGGUAAAAAGAGUGAGCGAAGUUGAAAUUGUUUCAAACCACUACGGUCUAAAAAAGAGUUUUUUUUUUAAAGCUUAACAUGGGAUAAAAUUGCUUUAGCAACAAUGAUUUUGUGGCUCAGUUUAAGUUGGUUUAAGUUACUUCGUGGUUUAUAUCGUGUGUUGGUAUUAAUAAUACAUGAAAAUUUAAAGCA